AUGGCUAAUUAUUAUUGUCUUCAAGGUGGUCUUCUUGUUUUUCUCCUAAUUGUUACAUGGCCACAUGAAGGUUCAGCCGAUGUUAGCUUCAAUGACAAUUACUACAUCACUUGGGGAUACAAUCAUGCUCAACUUCUCAAUCAAGGAGCAAAACUUCAACUUACAUUGGAUCAAUCUUCUGGGGCCGGAUUUGAGUCAAAGGCGAUGUUCGGGUCGGGUUCCUUCACCAUGAGACUGAAAAUACCAGGAAAUAAUUCAAACGGAGUUGUUUCAACUAUUUAUUUGAAUUCCAAGACAUCAAUUCACGAUGAGAUCGACUUGGAGUUCUUGGGACACAAUGGACCUCCUUACAAAUUAAGUACAAAUGUGUUCUCAAACAAUAUAGGAGGCAGAGAGCAACAGUUUAAGCUUUGGUUCGAUCCUACAAAACAUUUCCAUUCUUACACUAUUCUAUGGAACGACCACCAGAUAGCGUUAUUUGUGGACGAUGUUCCGAUCAGAGUGUUUAAGAACAUGCCAGAUAGCGGAGUGAGUUACCCAUCACAACCAAUGCACGUGACGGGAAGCCUGUGGAAUGCUGAAGGCUGGGCUUCUGGCGGGAUUCCAACAGAUUGGAGUCAAGGACCCUUCAAAGCUUACUUUCAAGGAUUCGAUGUCACUGGCUGCCCAUUAGAAGACGCCAACAAUCGUCAAGCGUGUUAUGCCUCAGAUUUAUGGUGGAAUGGAAAGAAUUACUGGCAGCUAAAUCCCCAACAACAAGCAUUGUUGGAUCGAUCGAGGAAGAGUUACAUGACUUAUGAUUAUUGCACCGAUAAGUCCAGAUACCCUCAGCCGCCUCCGGAGUGUCAAUACAACCACUAG